GUCUCAGGCCGCGCGCUCCAGAACGCGCGAGGGCCGGGCCGGGCUGGCUUUUGGUGUCCGCGCUUCGCGCGUCGGCUCCGGAAGGCUCCCAGCGGCUGAGAGGCUCGGUGCACAGCCGUACCCAGCCGGCACUCCGGACGACCGCAGACCCUGCGCCUGAACCCGCAAACUUCUGUGCUCCUCCAGCUUCGGGCUCGGGGGCCCACGGCUGCCGAGGCGCCGUCUUAGAAGGCACCAAAAAAUAGGGUGACAGAUUGCUAGUGUUUGAUGCAAACGGAAAAGUGAUGAUUGAGCCAAAUGAAGCAAUGUCAGAUAAACACCUCUUCAGACCCAAACCAAGAUUUGCAAGAAAAUGUUAUACCUCGAGCCGGCGCCGCGGCUCACUAGGCUAAUCCUCCGCCUAGCGGCGCCGGCACACCGGGUUCUAGUCCCGGUCGGGGCGCCGGAUUCUGUCCCGGUUGCCCCUCUUCCAGGCCAGCUCUCUGCUGUGGCCAGGGAGUGCAGUGGAGGAUGGCCCAGGUGCUUGGGCCCUGCACCCCAUGGGAGACCAGGAAAAGCACCUGGCUCCUGGCUCCUGCCAUCGGAUCAGCGCGGUGCGCCGGCCGCAGCGCGCCGACCGCGGCGGCCAUUGGAGGGUGAACCAACGGCAAAAGGAAGACCUUUCUCUCUGUCUCUCUCUCUCACUGUCCACUCUGCCUGUCAAAAAAAAAAAAAAAAAAAAAAAAAGAAAAUGUUAUACCUCACCAACACAAGUCUCUCUCAGUGUAGCUAAGACAUUCUCAGGAAAGAAAGAAGUCUCUUCCAAGAACACUGAAAAUAAAGUUUCCUUAGAGCAUUCUGGAAAAAGAGUAUCUUCAAAGGGUAUUAAAAAUAAAGAUACCGUAACAAGUCUUCAAUCUGACCUAUGGUCCUCUUCCUUCUUAAAAGAAAGCACAGGUGAAGGGGUCCAAGAUGCAGUGAUUGCAAAGCAGGAGAAAAGUGGUGAAUUCCGCCUUCAGGAUACGGAUGAGAAGUUGUCAGAAUCAACAGAUGAUGAUGGUGAAGAUGACGCCAAUGAUAAAGACAUUAACCCCAAAAAGGAAAUCCGAGCCCCGUUAGAGUUAAUGGCAGAAUUCCUGAGAGCAGAAAUGGGCCGAGACUACCAUCUGGCAAAAAAACUAUGUCAGAUGAUCCUGAUCUAUGAACCGGAAAAUCCAGAGGCCAAGGAGUUUCUCUCGCUUAUUGAAGAAAUGCUGCUGAAGGAGAAAGAGCAGACUGUUGAGGAGGAGGAUGAAGAUAGUGAAGAAGAAAGUAGCGACGAGAGCAAAGAGGAGAGCAGCGAGGCGGAGAGCGAGGAGAGCUCUGGUGAAUGGGAGGACGGGUCAUAAGUGCUGCUUUAAGCUUCCUGGCUUUUCAUUAAUGUGUGCCAUGCAAAUAUAAACAGAGCUGCGUUUUAG